AGAUCUGAGGUACCGUCUGCAACAAUAAAGCAAAUUAGAAAGGUAAAAACAGCAAAUGCUGAUCCGACCAAAGGUUCUUCCUCGGUGCGUCUGGAGCGGUUUGCCUCGUAAAAAAAACGCUUCCGGGCUCAUCGCUGCUGCUGAAGCUGCGGCUCCACUGAUCGAGUGCUUCUGCCCUACAGCCUGCAUCUGAUCGUCAUUCAGAGGUUUCCCCCCCUGCUGCAUGCGUAACAUCUCCCCGAGUCCAGCCGUGGUGCUCGCCAACACCUCGCCGCUCGGGUCUCAUCUUCCCACACGGAAUACGCACGACUCUCACGCAGCGAACCGCCGAGGCGAAAUCUCACCGCCAGGAUUCACCUGCCCGGGUCCGAGCCCGACCGAAACCAGGCUGGGAUUUCCUCUUAUCAUUUGAUAUUUGACAGAUUUUUUUUUCUUCCUCGCGCGCGUGUGUGUGUGUGUGUGUUGGGUGGAGUCAACCCGGAAUUCUCCAAAUUGGAAAAACCAUUGGCACAUUGCAGGAGCACCAUGAAGGACGGUAUCGCAAACAACAGCACGGCCAGCAUCUCCCAAGCCAGGAAAGCUGUGGAGCAACUGAAGAUGGAGGCCUGCAUGGAUAGGAUAAAGGUCUCCAAAGCGGCUGCCGACCUGAUGGCGUACUGCGACGCCCACAUACGCGACGACCCCCUCAUCAUGCCCGUCCCCGCCUCCGAGAACCCCUUCCGGGAGAAGAAGUUCUUCUGCAGCAUCCUCUGAUGAGCUGCCGCUCGUGCUGUUCGGGUGCAGGCAUGGCGCCGCCUGUCUUCUCUGUCUUCACCACACCUGAAGCUACUGGCCAUUGCCGUUGAGUUGAGUUUUGCCAGGUGGACACUCUGUUGUUGGUCAGCUCGGUCCCGGUGGCUGAAGGUUUUUGGGGGAGUCGACCACCAAACUGGCAACCCAAUGAGCGUACCAUGUCUUGUUAAAUAGGUUUGUUAUUGCUUUGUUAUUAGAGAACAGCCUUGCUCAGUGCUUAAUGAGAUGAGAGAUGUUUUUUUUUCUUCUUUCUUUUAUUGUGCUAGAUCUUAACAUGCCUCAGGAAACAGAAAUUUGCCCAGUGUCUACAACUUCUUAAAAUAUCUAUUUCCCUUCCCUCCACCCGGAUAAAAGAAGCAUUCAUCUUUUUUAUUCACCGUAUCUUGAGUUGGUUUUCACUGCUAUCAGAGCACAGUUUUGACUAUUUGUAGCAAAGAUUACUGAAAGCCCCCCUACGAUGUGAUACUUUCCUCCCUAGUGGUUUCUCUUUCAAUUUGCCUCCAGAGUCCCGAACCAUUAACCUGGUUGUUUUAGAGCUGCAGUACAGUCAGGUUCAGAUUAGAGCCUGCAAAAGGAAACCUUCUAUCAAACGGUAAAUGAUUUAUUUGGUAUUUUUACAGAGGUGGCUGCACAUCCGUUCUGCUAGGAAUAAAUAAAUAGACCCUGUAUCCAUGGAAAGGUGCAGAGCUGAUGUUCUGACAGCGUGACGAGUUCCUUGGGGUUAUCACUGUAAAAACAACCAUUAGGUCAAGAAUUAUUUAUGAAUCGGCCGCCUCCCUCUCAGGCCCCCUCUAAUGCGCUUUACCCUUGCAGCUCCUUUUGAUUUACUCAUCAUACAUUUCAUCUGCUUUAAAUCAGAGAUGUAUCGCUUAACCCCGCAGGACAUCUUUUCCCCUUAUUUCCUUAACGGUGUCAUUUGGGUUCUGGGCAUGUUUCCUGAGCCUGAUUCUUUUUGCCUGUCCCAGAGUGAAUGGCGAGGCCUUUGACAUUAAUGCCAAACCAGAGGCCUGCAUGUUCCUCGGCUCCCUUUUCAGCCUCCUCUGUUUCCGAGGGCCUGUCAGUCUUUUAGAGUGUACAGUAAGUUACAGUGCCAACUUCUGUGAGAGCGGUGUGAUCUCUACACUAUGCUCCCGCAGCCUUUUUUUUCUGUUUUGUUUGUUUUUGGAAGAAAAAGCACACUGUCGAAACAUUUCCUUUAAAUUGUAGUGGAAUAGCAUUUGCUAAUUUUUACGAUGAAUUGUUAUGAUCGUUAUUAAUAUUGUAAUUAUCGGUAGUAUUAUUGAAUAUUUGUUGCACCGCACUGACAGCUACAUGACGUGUAGUGCUACUAAGCCUGUAUGAUACUUAGGAGAAAAAAACAUUUAUAAAUCAUGCAAUUAUUGAUACUAUCUGACUAUUUUUUAAGAAUAACAGUCAGGGUCGGUUUACACAAUAUAAUAUGAUCCCUUCGGUGGUUGAGGCUUUUUGCAUCAUUGUUUCUGUAAACGAUACUUGAAGAAUCAUCGCAUUAGGAAUCAAACUAAAACUGGACUGUCAAAAAGUAUUAGAUUUAAAUUGCUUUCAGGAUAAUUAUUGUCAUUUUUUCAAAAGACCUGAGACUGACCUCAGGGUGCUCCCACUGACCUCAUCUUAAGGAUAGUGCCAAAUCUGAAACAAGAAAUAUAAUGGUUAGAGAUGAAUAUUGCAUGGAUUUAUUUCUAUCUUUAGCAGAGAGAACUAUUAUGAUAUGAAAUAUUGCCUCUUCGUUGACUUUCUGGGUGCUACUUUGCACAUAAUAAUCUCCCUGGGGUACGGAUACGUCGACGAUGUGCAGCUGUAUUCAUGAAUGGUAUUAUCAUUUUGAGAAAAUAAAAUAGCAUUUAAAUAGCAGGCUUUGAAAUCCUUUGAUGGAUCAAAUGAAUUAAAGGAAAACGGCAACCCCAA